UCCCACUAACAAACAACAGAUCCACACAAGCGAAUCGGCGAACUUCCCCUAGAGAGAGAGAUGGUGACGAAGACGGAGGAGACGGAGCUAAGCCAACUCGAGAAUCAAGUCGAGAACGGAGGAGGAGGUGUUUGGGAGUAUCUGUGCGUCGUUCGUAAGCUCAAGGUUCGCCGAUCAGAGCUUGUGCUCAAGCACGGUCUCUCGAUCUUGAACGAUCCGGGAAAGCGAUCCGCUCUUGGUCCUGAUGAAUGGACGCUAUAUGAGCAGGUAGCAAUUGCAGCUAUGGACUGUCAAUCUCUUGCUGUUGCACAGAAUUGCAUCAAGGUUCUGCAGAAGAAGUUUCCGGAGAGCAAACGUGUGGGGAAGCUGGAAGCGUUGCUUCUAGAAGCAAAGGGGAUGUGGGAAGAGGCUGAAAAAGCCUAUUCGAUCCUUUUGGAGGAUAAUCCACUCGAUCAAGUAAUACACAAAAGAAAGGUGGCUAUGGCCAAGGCUCAGGGAAAACCAUCCUUAGCCAUUGAACAUCUUAACAAAUAUCUUGAAGUAUUCAUGGCUGAUCAUGAUGCCUGGAGAGAACUUGCAGAAAUUUAUGUUUCCUUGCAAAUGUACAAACAAGCAGCUUUCUGCUACGAGGAGCUCAUAUUAUCUCAGCCUACUCUUCCACUGUACCACUUAGCAUAUGCCGAGGUACUCUAUACGAUUGGUGGACAUGAAAACCUCAUUGCAGCAAGAAAGUACUAUGCAUCAACCAUAGACCUUACAGGUGGUAAAAGCACGAGAGCCCUGUUUGGAUUAUGCUUGUGUGGAUCAGCAAUAGCACAGCUCUCAAAAGGCAGGAACAAGGAGGACAAGGACAUGGCCGCACCAGAGCUUCAGUCUCUAGCUGCAACUGCUCUGGAGAAAGAGUACAAGCAAAAAGCUCCUGCCAAACUCAACCUACUCUCUUCUGCAUUAAGAAGCUUGAAGCUCUAGUAAUUUCAUCAGAGGCCACCAGAGAAAAAACGCUGGCUCGUAUUUUUCUUGGUUAAAGCUUUUUUUUGUUUUCAGAAUUUGAUCUCGUUGUUUUCGCUUAUUUUAUUUCACUCUUGAUUUAUUAUACACUGACUCUUAUAUACACUGUUUACUAGAGGUGUUUAAUCAAGUUAAUUAAAUUUUA